AUGGGCCAAGCUGCUACCCUGCCAUGUAGGAGAGGGGAGUCUUAUGUUACUGAGCUGUACGAGUGGUUCAGAAAGUUUAUCAAUGAAUGUCCCAGUGGGUUGAUCACUCUUCACGAGUUUCAGAGGCAUUUCUGUGAUGGGACAGUGGGCAGCGAGUCAGCUGAGUAUGCAGAGCAGAUAUUUCGCACAUUGGACAGUAAUGGGGAUGGAGUGGUUGAUUUCAGGGAGUAUGUCAUGGCCAUCAGCAUGCUCAUUGAAGGUUCAGCUGUGGAGAAGCUGCGGUGGUCGUUUAAGCUCUAUGACAAAGACAGAGACGGAGCCAUCACAAGGGAGGAAAUGCUGGAGAUUAUGCAGGCUGUGUAUAAGAUGAGUGUCGCAGCUGCUUUAACCCAACCCAACCCACUCACAGCUGAAGAAUGUACCAACAGGAUAUUCAUGCGAUUAGAUAAAGACAAUAACGCCAUCAUCAGUCUGGAGGAGUUCAUAGAGGGAGCGCUGGAUGAUGAUUGGAUCAGGGAGAUGCUGGAAUGUGACCCGAGCACUGUGAAGGUGGAGAGGCCCCUGAGGAGGGACACCGCUUUGGGGACCCAUGGUUGACCCAAAGUGGGGUAUUCUAUUCACUGGGAGAAGAGGAAUUAACCAGUUGACGUUUGGACCAACAUUUCCAGGAACAGCUUCCAUUCAUUGUGACAAAUUAUAUCACAGUCUGUUGAAUAACUCAGAGGGAGACGCUGGAGAGUGCUAGGAAAUGUAGAUAUUGUUUUUACAGUAUGAAAAACAUCCAGUGCUGCCUUCUAGAAUAUGCCUUAGAAUAAAUCAUGCCUAUAAUGAGACAAAGAAAUGAGCCUUCUCAUAUUAUAUCAUUAAAUAUUCAUUCUGCCUUUGUGGCCACAUUAAC